AUGGCCAAAGGACAUAUCUGGCAGUUCAACAUCGCUGGAAGUCGAAUAGUAUGGAGAAUUGAAGAAGAAGCAGGAGGAAGAAUCAACGUAGGCGGAUGGAAUUAUAUUACAGCAGUGUAUACAAAUAAAAGAGUGCACUUCUACGUCAACGGAAGUUCCCUACGACGAUGUCCCUCCUCACUUUUUCCAAGUCGGAAGACAGUUGAUGUUGUUACUGCUGCUACAUUUCAACGUGUGGUGGUAUAUCCGGUGGGCGAUGCAAAUGUAUUUGAAGAGUUUGCCGUUUUCAAACGUGCACUGUCGCCUGUUGAAAUAAAAGCGAUUUAUGAUCGCAGGGCAACGUCGGCUACGAUUGAUUUGGCAAAAGUUAUCAGAGAAUUUUGGGAGUAG